GACUGUUCGUGUUUAGAUUCGCUGUUCUGUCGUUCUUGCUGGCCAGUGUUGUUGUUGGUUGCGCGUACUGCGUCGCUCAUGUGUGUUUGACUCCUCUUGAAACUACUAAAAUAAGGCGUUUGGGCUCUGUUAACUAAGAAAGAUACCAUGUCGUCCGCGCUGAGCCGCGGGAUCUGCUCGCCGCUGCGUCAAGCGGCGCGUCGCUCUAUUUCCACGUCCAUUGUACACAACGAGACCAUACUCGUCAAGAACAAUGAGGAGUUUGUCAACAAGGUGAUGAACAACGACAAACCAGUCAUAGUGAAUUUCCACGCGGAAUGGUGUGAGCCGUGCAAAAUCCUCACCCCGAAGCUUCGAGAGUUGAUCGAGCCACUAGGCAACCUGGACUUGGCUGUGGUUGACGUUGAAGAUAACGCUGAGCUGGUGCACACAUUUGAGGUAAAAGCAGUCCCAGCAGUGAUAGCGAUCAAAAACGGCCUGAUAGUGGACAAAUUCAUCGGCCUUGUGGAAGCCGACAUGAUCACCAAUCUCAUCGAGCGGAUGUCCGGCAAAAAGAAAGAUGGCGCGUAAAUACCCGCUCAGUUAAGUACAUAUGGAGUGUGGGAGG